CAACAUUAGAGCUGCUAUCUCCCUACAGGACCUGAGCCUACAGGACAUUCCAGAGUGCAGAUGCGGUAAGAUGAAUCUGGAAGGAUCUAUACCCCGGCUGCGCCUCUCGUAUACAUACUGGGCACCCAGCAACCUUCGCAACACUCCAACCAGAAUUCCCCUGGGACGGCAAACAUCCAUGUUAGCUCUACUACUCCUCCUCUGCUUCCCCCUCGCCUCCCCAUGGACAAUCGACGUGCACCCUGAUCUGUCGUACCCCGCGCGCUGGACAGCCGCACCAGGUGACCGCUACAUGUCCCGCAACGGCACCUUCCUCUCGCCCGGCUACCUGAACUCCUGUCUGAAUGAGCGCGUCCCACAGAACGUCACGCGCAGCAAAUUCCAUGUCUUCAACGGGCGCGCCAUCUUCGAUCUCGUGAAUGCGACGCAAGGAAACCCUACGAACGAGUCGUUCCAUCUGGAUGUAUAUCUGCCGCAUUUGUAUUAUAAAUGGGUUGACGGGCCGGGCGGUUCGGAGUAUAACGAGGGUCCGAAGGGAAAAUAUAAGAUGGGACAAACCAUGUGGCGGUAUCACUAUUGGCAGAAUUUUCCGAAGCAGGGACGCUGCUAUCUCCCGCUCAAUAUGACUGAGAUGGUAGUCGACGAGGAUGGAAAAGCCUUGCGGUCUGAGGAUUUGGUGGGGCUUAAUGCAACGCUAACCUUUGAGCUGUGCGAUGCGAGAAAUUAUCGAACUUUUGAACAGGUGGAUCAGUGUGCGUAUGUGACCCUGACGGACGAAGAUGUACAGCCUGUGGAAGAUAUCCCGCACUGCGACAGCUACAACCCAAUAUCAGAGCUGGCCAAGAACUCCCAAUCGUCGCCGCCACAGAGCCCCGGAAAAAAAUUGGAGAGGGGACGAUUAAUUGGGCUACCGGGGCUGGUCAUAGCGCUCUGGAUGGCUGUGUAAGUUGCUAGCAAUAUUGUAUUAAGUAAAAGUGUGCGUGAUCCAGACUCCAAGUUGAUGUGAGUUUCAUAGAUCUAGGACUAGAGCUUUAGCACUGUAAUGCUCUUCGUGGG